CUUUCAAGGUUUACAGGUUUCUUCCAUCACACCUUCAAGCUUAUUUCAAAGACAUAUUCAUCCAACCAUGAUGACAUCGGAGGUGUGUCACAAUUCUGGGAGCAAUCAAUGGUUCCGUCCAAACUACAACUACGAAGACCGAGAGCGCCGUACAAGGCCGCCAACAAAAGAGCUCGCUACCCAAAACACAGAGACUCAAGGGUGUUGGCGCCAGAUGGAUCUUACCUGGCCCUCGGAGCCACUGGCGAGAAUGAAACCCUAGAUCCCCGGUACAAGGUGCAGAGGGACGGCGAUGCGUUCUUUCAAGUCGGCCGGGUAUUCUCAAUGCUCUACCAUGAAAACGCAGGGUCGCGUGGACCCAGAAACAGCAAACAGGGCCCCCCGCGAAAUAGUCCCCAGUUCAUCAAGGGCAAGUAUCAAGAGCCGAUAUACAGCAGUAUUAGGCGCAUGAUAGUCGUCAAGCAGCAGCAGGGCUGCUGUUGGUGUGUCCCUAUCACAACCUAUGGUGGACAAGGCGCAGCCAAGUCUGGGAUUGACCGAACCAAACAUGCCGUCAUUUAUAUGCAAGGCGAAGAACCCCCGGUCCAGGGUGAUUCAAACACAAUGAAGCGCAAAUUAGAUGCGAAUGACGUUCCCUCGCCUAAGGCUGCCGUGGCCAAGGAGAGUGAGCUUGACUUUGAAGCACUCAACCUCGAUCCUCGAUUGCGCCAGGCUCUGAUCAAGGAAAAGUUCACCAAGCCUACUCUGGUACAAUCAAAGGCAAUCCCGUUGGCGCUCGAAGGAAAGGAUAUUCUUGCUCGUGCGAAAACUGGCUCCGGUAAAACCGCCGCCUAUGUUCUUCCCAUCUUGCAAGCCAUCCUCCAACAAAAGACUGCCGAUCCCUCUUCAAAAGCUACAACCGCUCUCAUUCUUGUCCCCACCCGCGAGCUUGCAGAACAAGUCCAGAAAGUUAUUGUAUCGUUCUCCAGCUUCUGUGGAAAGGACAUUCGAUCUGUCAACUUGACACAGAAGGUUUCCGACGAAGUGCAACGUUCGAUGCUGGCCGAUUUCCCCGAUAUCGUCGUGUCAACCCCCACCCGCGUUUACAGCAAUGUCAACAGCUCCGCUCUUUCUCUCGACAAGGUUACCCACUUGGUCAUUGACGAGGCUGAUCUCGUUCUGUCGUAUGGAUACGACGAUGACAUCAAUGCUCUCUCCAAGGCCAUUCCACGAGGCGCGCAGACAUUCUUGAUGAGCGCCACACUAACCUCGGAGGUCGACACAUUGAAAGAUCUAUACUGCCGCAAUCCUGUUAUCCUCAAGUUGGAGGAGAAGGAAGAAAAGGGCGCUGGUGUUAGUCAGUUUGUUGUUCGAUGUGCAGAGGAUGAAAAGUUCCUCCUGACGUACGUCAUUUUCAAACUACAGCUUAUCAAGGGCAAGGUCAUCAUUUUUGUCGCCGACGUGGACCGCUGCUACCGUGUGAAGCUUUUCCUCGAACAGUUCGGACUCAAGAGUUGUGUCCUCAACUCAGAGCUACCCAUCAACUCUCGAAUUCACGUGGUGGAGGAAUUCAACAAGGGUGUCUACGAUAUCAUCAUCGCAGCUGAUGAGCAAGAAGUCAUGGGCACCAAGUCAAAGAAGUUACCUGAGGUCAAAGAGCUGGAAGACGAGGAGACCAAAGAAGAAAUGGGCGAUAGCGAGGAUGAGCAGGCCCAAGAAGAGGGCGAAAAGGGCAAGAAGCCCGACUCAAAGAAGCGUCGCAAGAUGAGCGCCAAAGAAAAGGAUUACAGCAUUGCCCGCGGCAUCGACUUCCAAAAUGUCGCAUGCGUUCUCAACUUCGACCUCCCCACAACCUCAAAAUCCUACACCCACCGGAUCGGACGUACCGGUCGUGCCGGCAAGGCUGGCAUGGCGCUCUCCUUCGUGGUCCCCGCCGACCAGUACGGCAAGCACCGCCCCACCUCAAUUCCCAGCACAAAGCACGAUGAGAGCAUGCUCGCCAAGAUCAUCAAGCGCCAAGGCAAGCUCGGUCACGAGGUCAAGCCCUACCACUUCGAAAUGUCCCAGGUCGAUGCUUUCCGUUACCGUAUGACCGAUGCCCUACGUGCCGUGACCAGACUUGCUAUCCAAGAAGCACGAGGACGCGAGAUCCGACAAGAACUGAUCAAGAGCGAGAAGCUCAAGCGCCACUUCGAGGACAACCCCGAUGAGUUGCGCCAGCUGCGUCACGAUGGCGAGCUGCGUGCUGCGCGUGUCCAGGCCCAUCUGAAGCACGUUCCUGAAUACCUUAUGCCCUCUAAGGGACGGAAGGGAAUCUCCAAGGAGAAUGUCGGGUACGUAGGCUUCUCGAAGUCGAAGCAGAACCGCAUCCGCAAGGCGAGAGAUCGCAACCGCGCUCGUGGCAAGGCUGGCGGCAAGUCAGACCCCCUGAAGUCGUUUAAUCGGUCCAAGAAAUAG